AUGCGUGUAACAUUCUGGGAAACGGCUAACUGUCGGGCGCUGCCAAAUAGGGCUCAAGUCUUCCUGGACAGCAUCCUAGACGCGGUACCGAUAUUUUCUCGCACUCGCUUCCUCCCUGAUCUACAUGCGUCCUUAUUUGGGCGCGACCUUGUCAAUGCAUUAUUAUUCAUCACCGCCAAACUCACGGGCUUCCGUUUCGCAGCCGAGCAUGUGGACAUCGACGCUCAGAUUGACUUCAUACUGAGGUCUACGCUUAUCCAAGAGGAUGCUACACUUGACUCGGCAAGCCUUGAUAAUUUCCGAAUUGGCUGUUUACUAUCUUUCUAUGAAUUCCACCAGUAUCCCGGCCACCAAGCUUGGAUGAGAAUCGGCAACUUAGCACGUAUGGCCUUCUGGAUCGGUCUCGAUCGCUUGGACAACGACAGAGGCUCGUCAGCUGGGUUACCGAGUGGGUUUGAAAGCAUGAAUCAGCUCGAGAUGGAGGAUUGGCGCUCCGUGUGGUGGUUCAUUUAUCGGCUCGAUUCGUACGCAAGUCUGUCAUCGGGAACUCCGUAUCUCAUCGAUGAGACUCUCGUCCGGACAUCACUACUUUCGGAUUCUCGACAGCUGAACAUGUGCCCUGUGAGGGAAUUUCAUUCGCGGCUGUUUUUGCCUCGUAAGGCUGACACUCUCGACAUUCUCGCAUCAAAAGUAAGCCGCGGGACCGAUGCAAGCUACACGGUGCUCAUGAAUCUGCACGUGAUUUCGACAACUAUCCUGCGUCAGGUUGGGCGCGCACUACAGGUUCGAAUGCUGGAUCCAACCUCGGUCACGCAGGACGAGCUCAAUGCAUUGGAGCAACAGCUUUACACACUCCGUUUAUCGCUGCCUAUCAACUAUUUCAAUCCGACACGCAAUGUCUUCCAGAACGAAACAAGGGCAGAACAUCACGCGCGAUUGGUCACCGUUUUACAUCAGCUGGUCGCGCGACUUCUCGUUUCCAUCGCCAAGUGCUCCUGCCUGGCCGAGGGACCUGAGUGGCUCUCAAGUUGGCAGCAGGUGCUUGAGGCGGGCCAGGACAUUGCCCACGUAUCCGAGAAGUGGGACAGCGUCUUCAUUCUCAGCGCGGAUCCUGCCGUGACCUUGAUCUGCUUCACAGCGCUUAUCUUCCUUGACUUGCAUAAGAAGUAUGCAGGAACAGCAGCAGAACCCGGUUUCCUCUCGAACAUCGUGCAGUGCGAAAAGAUACUACUUCUGCUACUGGAGCAGUUUGCCACGAAAUGGGCUUUACCAAGGCUUCUUGUCUUGUCAUUCAAGAGCUUCAGCGAAAUCAUGCCAAGCGCAUUCUCAUAUUCCGAGGUCCAGGCUGUCCUUCGCCGAUUCGAAGCGCCGCUACAUCCCAGAUGGCUACAAUUCCUCUCGUCAGCACAGGUUUAG